AUGGAGAGGAGACGGGUCACCUCGGCUGCCCGCCGCUCCUUUGCUUCCUCCUCCGAGAUGGUGGUGGGGGGCCUGGCUCCCAGCCGCCGCUGGGGUCCCGGCACCCACUUCUCCCUGGCUCGCAUGCCGCCCCCACUGCCGGCCCGGGUGGACUUCUCCUUGGCCGGGGCCCUCAACACCGGCUUCAAGGAGACACGGGCCAGCGAGCGGGCGGAGAUGAUGGAGCUCAAUGACCGCUUCGCCAGCUACAUCGAGAAGGUGCGCUUCCUGGAGCAGCAGAACAAGGCGCUGGCCGCGGAGCUGAACCAGCUGCGGGCCAAGGAGCCCACCAAGCUGGCCGACGUCUACCAGGCCGAGCUGCGGGAGCUGCGCCUGCGGCUUGAUCACCUCACCGCCAACGGCGCCCGGCUCGAGGUGGAGAGGGACAACCUGGCACAGGACCUGGGCGCCCUGCGGCAGAAGCUCCAGGAUGAAACCAACCUGAGGCUGGAGGCGGAGAACAACCUGGCCGCCUAUCGACAGGAGGCAGAUGAAGCCACCCUGGCCCGGCUGGAUCUGGAGAGGAAGAUUGAGUCUCUGGAGGAGGAAAUCCAGUUCUUGAGGAAGAUCCAUGAAGAGGAAGUGCGGGAGCUCCAGGGACAGCUGGCCCGGCAGCAGGUCCAUGUGGAGCUGGAUGUGGCCAAGCCAGACCUCACCGCGGCCCUGAGAGAGAUCCGCACCCAGUACGAGGCAGUGGCGUCCAGCAACAUGCACGAGGCAGAGGAGUGGUAUCGGUCCAAGUUUGCGGACCUGACAGACGCUGCUGCCCGCAACGCCGAGCUGCUCCGCCGGGCCAAGCAGGAGGCCAACGACUACCGGCACCAGCUGCAGGCUCUGACCUGCGACCUGGAGUCCCUGCGGGGCACGAACCAGUCCCUGGAGCGGCAGAUGCGGGAGCAGGAGGAGCGGCAGGCACGGGAGGUGGCGAGUUACCAGGAGGCCCUGGCCCGGCUGGAGGAGGAGGGGCAGAGCCUCAAGGACGAGAUGGCCCGCCACCUGCAGGAGUACCAGGACCUGCUCAACAUCAAGCUGGCCCUGGACAUGGAGAUCGCCACCUACAGGAAGCUGCUGGAGGGCGAGGAGAACCGCAUCACCAUCCCGGUGCAGACCUUCUCCAACCUGCAGAUCCGAGAAACCAGCCUGGACACCAAGUCCGUGUCUGAGGGCCAUCUCAAGAGGAACAUCGUGGUGAAGACGGUGGAGAUGCGGGAUGGAGAGGUCAUUAAGGAGUCCAAGCAGGAGCACAAGGACGUGAUGUGA